AUGCAGCUCUGUCUUGGGGCCUCUUGCAGGUUUAUUGCCAAGCCAUGUGCCAUCACCCUUGGCAUCCAGGACAGUGGCCCUCACAGAGCCCAACCCAAUGCAAUUUUAGAGAAAGUGUUUACAUCCAUCUCGAAGUCUCCAGAUGGAAAAAGGUUAGAAGGCUUAUCCAAGCAGCUGGACUGGGAUGUCCGGAAGAUCCAGCGCUGGUUUCGGCACCGCAGGAACCAGGACAAACCCACCACCCUCACCAAGUUCUGUGAGAGCAUGUGGAGAUUUACAUUUUAUUUAAGUAUAUUUUUUUAUGGAAUCAGGUUUCUCUGGACGGCACCUUGGUUUUGGGACACACGACAGUGCUGGUACAACUACCCUUUCCAG